GCCGGCGCGAGGGGCAUCCGGGCCGAGCUCGGGGGCGGGGAGGGGAGGGGCCCCUUCUCUCCCCCUCCCCCCACCGCAUUCCUCUGACGUCUGUACCUCGCGACCCCGCCCUUGUGUGGGACCAGCCCCGCCUCAAUUCUGACGCCCUGAUCGCGAGGCAUCCCCCUCAUCUGGGUUCUGCGGACCUUUUUGGAUCUUCCCAGAUUCAGUGGUAGCUGGUUUAGAUCUCCAUCAGCUCACUCCCAAAUUUAUUGUCUCCUCAAACCGGCGGGCGCACCAGGCUUGUCCCUCGCUGGUAGCGUCACUGACCCCAUUUCAAACUUAGUUUCCACAAGGACCUCCAUUUCGGGAACCCCCUUUCACCUGGUUGGAAAGGAGUAUUGGAGUAUUGGGGGGCAUCCCCGCAUUUCCCACAACUCUAACAUCGUUUUCUGAAUGCAGUGCCCCACUCCCCCCAGCAGGCAACCUCCUAACAUUUUAGAGCCUUUAGGACUGGAUCCCGAAUCAGACGCCCGCCCUGCCCCCAGGUUCGGGAUCCUAGACUAUGAGGAAGCGCUUUCUAUGGAAGAAGGAAGGUCCGGUUAGAAUACCGUUAACGACUCCCUUUGGCAAAGCGCUAGUACUGUGUCGUAUACUGCACCGUGUGCCUGGUACAGGGACCAGCCCCGAGGCAGGGACCACCUCUCCCUCGCCCAUAAACGAUUUCCAUGCUAAAGGAAGAGACAGUCACCGGACUGAGAGAACCUAAGAGAGAUCAAGGCUGUUCCGUUAAAACCAGUGGCCAGAGUGAUCAGGGGUACCCGGGAGUCGGGGCUGGUAGGGACGAGAAAGUCUUUUCAGAGUUAACUGGGACCGCACGGACAGAAGGGAUCAUUUCUUAGCUCCGGCAAAGAUAUAGAGGUGCGCGGCAUAUGAUUCCCUCUUGUGCAAAGUUGAAGGAGUUACUGUGGCUGAAUUUAGAGGUGGAGUGGUGAAAUGACGCCAGCGAGCUGGACAGGGUUCGGCAGGUUUUCUGCUAUGUAAAGGGACAAAUUCGGUUUAAAAAGAUCCUCUGGCACUGUGAAGGCUUAAGAUGGAGAGGAAUUAGGUAUACAGAUAGGGACACAGCUGCACUGGUAGUUGCCACUCUGUCUGGUCUAGUCUUCCGGAGCGGCACACGCCACUCACUGAAUACUUUUAAGUACUAAAGGCCUUCGCUGCUUCAGAGUGUGCCCUGUCUCCGGUGGCGCCCGAAAGCAUAUUCGCGCAUGCGUUCUCAUCUCCGAUCAUUUCCAAGACAGCCAAAGAGAGCCUACUGGGUGGGCUCAACCCUUUUCCACCCAAUUGGAGACCACCAGUGGUCCUACAUCCUCGUGUGGGAUGUGCUGAAGACGGGCAUCUGAUGUAACCAAUGGAAAGAGGCCACAGGGAGGGGCUUCCUUGCCUUCUUGCCGAGUGGCGCGGGGAGAUAAUCUUUGUGAUUGGAAGACUAAGAGCUUUUGGUUUAAUGGAUUAGCUAAAAAGCCAAUGAAAGUGGGAGGGAGGCGGGGCUUUUCAGGAGCGUGGGGAGCCCGGUUCCAGAGCUCCGGCCUAUCAAAUUGGAGUUUAUUUUAAGGCAGCAGGGUUGGUAAAGUGAUUGGCAGAAAGCGCUCGCUUAUAACGAGUAUCCCAAACAAACGAGGGCGGGCACUCCAGUCGAACGGAGUUGGCUUUAUCCAAUAGAGGCUCAAGUCAUGCAAAGCCUUCCUCCCCCCGCGGCGGGACCAGUGGCUCCCCCUAUCGGGUGGGGACGGCGGGUGACGGGCGUGUCCCUCCCCCAAUGAGAGGCGGGGGGAGGCGGGUUCUGCACCGCCAUGUCGCGGAGGCUGCUGCCCCGGGCGGAGAAACGGCGUCGGCGGCUGGAGCAGAGGCAGCAGCCGGAGGAGCAGCGGAGGCGGUCUGGAGCGAUGGUGAAGAUGGCGGCGGCGGGCGGCGGAGGCGGCGGUGGCCGCUACUACGGCGGCGGCAGUGAGGGCGGCCGAGCCCCGAAGCGGCUCAAGACUGACAACGCCGGCGACCAGCACGGAGGCGGUGGCGGCGGUGGCGGAGGAGCCGGGGCGGCAGGCGGCGGAGGCGGGGAGAACUACGAUGACCCACACAAAACCCCUGCCUCCCCAGUUGUACAUAUUAGGGGCCUGAUUGAUGGCGUGGUGGAAGCUGACCUUGUGGAGGCCUUGCAGGAGUUUGGACCCAUCAGCUAUGUGGUGGUGAUGCCUAAAAAGAGACAAGCGUUGGUGGAGUUUGAAGAUGUGUUGGGGGCUUGCAACGCUGUGAACUAUGCAGCUGACAACCAAAUCUACAUUGCUGGUCACCCAGCUUUUGUUAAUUAUUCUACCAGCCAGAAGAUCUCCCGCCCUGGAGACUCAGAUGACUCCCGGAGCGUCAACAGUGUGCUUCUCUUUACCAUCUUGAACCCCAUCUAUUCCAUUACCACGGAUGUUCUUUACACUAUCUGUAACCCUUGUGGCCCUGUCCAGAGAAUUGUCAUUUUCCGGAAGAAUGGAGUCCAGGCCAUGGUGGAAUUUGACUCUGUGCAAAGUGCCCAGCGGGCCAAGGCCUCACUUAAUGGGGCUGAUAUCUACUCCGGCUGUUGCACUCUGAAGAUUGAAUAUGCGAAGCCUACACGUUUGAAUGUAUUCAAGAAUGAUCAGGAUACUUGGGACUACACAAACCCCAACCUCAGUGGACAAGGUGACCCUGGCAGCAACCCUAACAAACGCCAGAGGCAGCCCCCUCUCCUGGGAGAUCACCCCGCAGAAUAUGGUGAGGGCAGGGGGUUCCCCUCCGUGGACUCCCGUGGCUCAUGUGCCCCUGCCCGCCGCCCGCCACGCAAAUUCUCACCCGCCCUCCCUCUCUUUCCUUCCCACCCCCCAGGAGGGCCCCAUGGUGGGUACCACAGCCAUUACCAUGAUGAGGGCUACGGGCCCCCCCCACCUCACUACGAAGGGAGAAGGAUGGGCCCACCCGUGGGGGGUCACCGCCGGGGCCCAAGUCGCUACGGCCCCCAAUAUGGGCACCCCCCACCCCCUCCCCCACCACCCGAGUAUGGCCCCCACGCUGACAGCCCUGUGCUGAUGGUCUAUGGCUUGGAUCAAUCCAAGAUGAACUGUGACAGAGUCUUCAAUGUGUUCUGCUUAUACGGCAAUGUGGAGAAGGUGAAAUUCAUGAAAAGCAAGCCAGGGGCUGCCAUGGUAGAGAUGGCUGAUGGGUAUGCUGUGGAUCGGGCCAUAACCCACCUCAACAAUAACUUCAUGUUCGGGCAAAAGCUGAAAGUCUGUGUCUCUAAGCAGCCAGCCAUCAUGCCUGGUCAAUCAUAUGGGCUAGAAGACGGGUCCUCCAGUUACAAAGACUUCAGUGAAUCGAGAAACAAUCGGUUCUCCACUCCGGAGCAGGCAGCCAAGAACCGUAUCCAGCACCCUAGCAAUGUGUUGCACUUCUUCAAUGCCCCUCUGGAGGUGACAGAGGAGAACUUCUUUGAGAUCUGUGAUGAGCUGGGAGUGAAGCGACCAUCUUCUGUGAAAGUAUUCUCAGGCAAAAGUGAACGCAGCUCCUCUGGGCUGCUGGAGUGGGAGUCCAAGAGUGAUGCUCUGGAGACUUUGGGCUUCCUGAACCAUUACCAGAUGAAAAACCCAAAUGGUCCAUACCCUUACACCUUGAAAUUGUGUUUCUCCACUGCUCAACAUGCCUCGUAAUUAGUUGCCGUGGAAGAGUCCCAUCUGAGCAGGAAAACAUUUCUUUCCUUUUUGCUGGUUUUUUGUUUUUGUUUUUUGUUUUGCAAAAGUUCCUGUAUUCCUUUUUUUUAAUGCUAGGUUAGUAGAGGCUUAACCAUAAUGGAAAUGCUGGAAGGAUGGAAGGGGAGGGGAGGGGAAUUGAUAUCUCCCAAGAUUAACCUUCACUUUUAAAAAUUAUUGUACAAGUGAUUAUUUUUUCCUGUUCAUAUUUGUGCUGCCCAUGUACUCUUGGCACAUUUCAAUAAAAUAGUUCGGAAAAUUAA